GUCGAGAAGACAGUCAUCUCAAAUAUCAUCAGAAAAAAAGGGCAGCUUGCCGUCAACACCACCCAACAUGGCUCUCGGAAUGAUUACCAUCAUCCACAUUGUCCUUGCCGUCCUCGUAAUCAUCGAGCUGGGCAUUACAGGAUACCUUGUUAACAAGACAGACGGCUGGCUCGCCUCAUCGCCGGCCACAUAUGCAUUCCUGCUGUUCGACUCAAUCUGGAGCUUGUUCGUUCUCAUCUAUCUGGCCAUUACGCCCAUCUACCUUGCUCGCCUCUACCACGCUCUUGGCGCCUUUGUCCUUCUGGUCCUUACGACGAUUUUCUGGUUUGCAGGUGCCAUUGCCUUUGCGUGCUUCGUUGGCGCGCCAGCCUGCCACGGAAACGGCUGGUGCCAGACCAAUGAAGCCGGCGUUGCCUUUGCAUUCUUCUUGUGGGCUGGCUUCCUGGCGCUCACCGUUCUUGAGGGCUUGACUACCAUGAGGGGCCAUGCGCGGGCUGACAAGACCACCCCCUCCAACGUCUAAGUGGCAAGUGGACGCUGAUUUACAUGCGACAACGAUGCGACAAGCGAAACGAUGCAAUGAGAUGCGAUGGAUGAUGUGUCGAUGUGGGUUUGCGGGACCCAGGCUGAUUUUUGGUUUAUGCUUAUUGCGUGGGAUUGGAGGGAUGAUACCCUAAUGCUACCUUGAUUCCUGAUUUCAUGAGUGGUUAUUACUAUUUGAUAGGUUGAUGUUUGGAUUUCUUUUUGCCCGAGGCAUUUGGAGACAGGCAUGUCAAAACGGCGACAGUAUGAUUUAAGUACAAGUAUGAUUUAAGUAUGAAAUAAAGUAUGAAUUCAUGAGGC